UGUCUGCAGGAGAAGGCUAAGCGUGAGGCUGAAGAGGCUGCCAAGAAACAGCGCAAACCUGGUCAGAAGCGCAAGGGUUUGGGUGGUCUUUCACCUGAAAAGAAACGACUACUCAAAGUAUCCGAAAUGAAGAAGAGGCAGGAAGAGAAGGACAACUACCUCAAAUCGAGAGUUCAGCCUCUUCAAUUGGACGGACUUGAUGACGGUAUGAAGGUCCGCGAACUGCAUACCCGAAUGGCUCAGCUGGAGGGGGAGAAGUUUGACUGGGAGAUGAAACUCCGGCGCCAAGACCUCGAGAUUAAUGAACUCACAAUGAAGGUCAAUGAUGUUAAAGGCAAAUUCGUUAAACCCGUGCUUAAGAAGGUUUCCAAGACUGAGAGCCAACUCGCUCGUAUUGAAAAGAAGGAGAAGAGUUUGGCCGCCUUCCGAAAUCAACUAAAAUCCACCGGACAAAACAAAUUUGCCCUUGAAGAGAAGGAUGAGGCCUCCCAUGUAAGUUUGUGUGUUUAA